AUGACGGUCUUGUUUUUUUCUCUCUCAGGUUUACCUGACCCAGCUACUGCAGAAUGGCUAAAUCAAAGAGAGUGUAAGACAUACGGCAGUGGCAUGGUCCAGCCCUUUAACGGCAGCGCGUACCACGUGAGGACAUCCUGCUCCGUCACCCUCGUCCACUUCACCCACCAGAGCGUCGACUGUGACAUCACCGCCCAGCGAGGGCCCAGCGGACUGCUGAACCGCGUCGAGGUCGUCGUCAACAAAGUCCGAACUAACAUCCUGGACGGGACUGUCUUUGUGGAGGCCCAAAAGGUGUCUCUGCCAUACGACCACACCUACCAGCACGUGUUCCACUACGGAGUCCACACCAGACUGAGGAGCAAGGUCCUGCCACUGACCAUCACCUGGCACAGCACCGCCAUGGGCAUCGAUGCCCUCUGGGUGCGACUACAGGGGAACAGCAUUAGUGGAAUGAAGGGACUGUGUGGACAUCUAAAUACUCCAGCAAAUCCUCCUCAGUUAAUCUCUGAGGCGGUGCUUGAGGACGACACGUGUGUGAUCGAAGACUCACGUGAGAAGAACAACAUGGCGUGCGGGGAUUUCAUGUCCCAUGCCAUAUCCUGCCUGAUGAACCGGGCCGAGGCCUACUUCCACCUGUGCCAGCAGAACGCCUAUGGCUGGGCAGGUAGUGCUCAUAUCACCUGUCCCUUCUUCUGGGAUGUCGCUCAGAGGUGUGGACCGGCCAGCAACCUCUGGGAUGUGUGGAGAAAUGUCACACAAUGCCCCGCCCCGGACUGCCCAGGAGAGCUGACCUAUCAGGAGCUGGGAAACGCCUUUACCCCCACCUGCUCCAACCCCACCUCCCGAGCGGGCGACCAGGACGUGACCAGCACCUGUGUGUGCCCACAAGGUACGGUACUGAAUGACCAUGCCGAGGGCCACGACUGUGUGAGUGUGGCUGAGUGUCCCUGUGUGUACGGCGGCAGCAGCUACCCACCAGGAACCCACAGAGGAACCAAGUGCCAGACAUGUGAGUGUGUGUCUGGAAAAUGGCGGUGUUCUGAAGACAUCUGUCCUAAGAAAUGCUCCGUUGAGUCCCAGUUUGUGACGUCUUUCGAUGGCAAACACUUCAGACUGCCAGGCAAAUGCUCUUACAUGGCAGCACAGGGCUUGAACUGGACACUCACGGUGCACUUUUCAGAGAGUGCCAUCAAACUGCAGAGAGUGGAGUUGAAGAUUUACCAUGAGAGCUAUGUCUUCUCCCUCUCAAGGGUGAUGUUUCAGAAAGAAGAAAUCAGAGAGUUGCAUCGAACUGCGUUUGUCACCGUUUUCUGGCAGUCCUCCAUGUUUGUUCAGGUCCUGGCCCUCUCAGGCCUUAGCAUACAGGUGCAAAUGGCCCCCGAGAUCCAGGUCUACGUGUCCUUGCCUACAGAGCAAAAUGGAACCACCACAGGCCUUUGUGGGAACUUUAACGGGGACUCAGGGGAUGACUUUACCACCAGCAGCGGCAUAGUGGAGAACUCUGCGGAGCCCUUUGCCCUCUCCUGGUCCCUAGAGAGCUGUGAGCCCAACAUCAACCCCCUCUGCAUUAACAUGGACAGCGAAAUAUUAGCUGAGGAGCACUGCAACCAGCUGAGAGACCCUAAUGGGAUCUUUGGUCCCUGUCACCAUUAUAUACCCUAUGACCAAUACUAUCAGGCCUGCCUCAGUAAAACAUGCCACUGCCAGUCGGGGCUUCAGUCGUGUCUGUGCGUCGCCCUCGGCAACUACGCCAAAGCCUGUGCUUCUGUUGGGGCCUCUGUGGGAGACUGGAGAGCAGCAGCCAACUGCAAGGUGACGUGUGCGACCAACCAGGGAUUUGACUACGCAACACAGGUGUGCAACCGCACCUGCCGCUCGUUGGCGGGGCCCGACCCUACCUGUGAGCUGGAGGCGGAGCCUGCGGAGGGCUGCGGUUGCCGGGAGGGAACCUACCUGAAUGACCACGGCAGCUGCAGCCCCCGCUCGCAAUGCCAGUGUCACCACAUAGGGGGCGCCGCGCCGCCAGGACCAGUGGACAUCAAUGGGAUGAUAUGCAAUUGUGAAGAUGGACAACUAAACUGCGGUCGAUUAUCCUUUCUUUGUCAAUAUCCCAAAGUGUUUGUGCACUGUCCAGACUCUAUCAACACUGCACAGAGAACCUGUGACAGCCUGAGCAAGCCUGCUAGAUCUGCAGUGUGCAACACCGGCUGCUAUUGUCCAGAUGGCCAGUAUGAGGACCACAAGGGAAUGUGUGUGUCUGAGGACAACUGCACAUGUGUGUUUAGCGGGAGUGUGUACGGCCCUGGGGAGAGGGUAGAGACCAACUGCAAGAUAUGCACCUGCAGUGAAGGGCGUUGGAACUGCACUGGAGAGUCGUGCCCAGUUGGACGGUGCCAGGUGUUUGGUAACGGUCACUACCAGACCUUUGACUCCAGGUGGUUCAGCUUCGAUGGCAACUGCCAGUACACCUUGCUGGAGGAUGGCUGUGGGAGGGGCAAUGGGCAGUUUGCUGUCAGAGUGGAGAGCAUUCCCUGCUGUGAUGAAGAGCUGACCUGCUCCCGCACCAUCACUCUGGACCUGCUGGAUGAGGUGUCGCUGGUGCUGGAGGACAUGUCUGUGUCCUCCUCCAGCAGGUCCUCCAACACAUCAGCCGUUUGGGGAGAGAUGCUGUACUCCGUCCACACAGUGGGGCUCUACAUCGUGGUGUCCGUACCGCGCCCAGGCCUCACACUCAUCUGGGACAAACACACACGCCUAACCGUGCUGCUGGAGGCAAGGUGGAGGGACCAAGUGUGUGGCCUGUGUGGGAACUUUGACUCCAGCGAGGCCAACGACCUGAUGAGUAGCGGCUUGUUGCUGGCGUCCAGUGCACUGGAGUUUGGGAACAGCUGGAAGACGGGCACGCCACCCUGUUCCGACGUGACGAACGAGACCUUCCCCUGCCAACGCCACUCCUACUGCUCCAACUGGGCCGAGAGACGCUGCAUGAUCAUAACUGGAGACACCUUCAGAGAGUGCCAUCUCAAGGUGGACCCUGAUCCGUACUACCAGGCUUGUGUACUGGAGGCGUGCUCCUGUGAGUUCGAGGGCAAGUUCCUGGGCUUCUGCACGGCUGUGGCAGCUUACGCUGAAGCCUGCAGUGAGCAGAACGUCUGCGUCCACUGGAGGACUCCAGAUCUUUGCCCUGUGUUCUGUGACUACUAUAACAGGGAGGGUGAGGAAUGCAUCUGGCACUAUGACCCCUGUGGAAAAGUACCAACCUGUGGAAGAAACUACACUUUCAAUGGGAAACUGGAAGGCUGUUACCCCAGGUGUCCAGCAGAGGUGCCAUACUAUGAUGAGAACACCAGGAACUGCACCACACUGCAGGACUGCACCUGCCUCUUCAAUGGUAGAAUCCUAAGACAUGGCACUCAAGUGAGCAUGCCCAGUGGACACUGCACAUGCACAGAUGGAGUCAUUGACUGUGUCCCAUGUCCUACGACCACACCAUCGCCGUUGACAACAGUGUUGACAACCGACGAUGGCCACAAUUGUGUGUGUUUUGUUUCGGGCGACCCCCAUUACAGAACCUUCCAGGAUCACAAAUAUGACUUCCAGGGGAGGUGCAACUACAUCCUGGUCCAGGAACGGUUCCCACAGUAUGACUUCAGCAUCGUGGUGGACAAUGACGCCUGCAGCUCUGGGGCUUCUGGGGUCUCCUGCGCCAGGGGGAUCAUCAUGAAGUUCCAAAACCACACUGUGGCCCUCAGCAUCCAGAACAAUGAGUACAGAUCGGUAGCAACCACGCUGGACCAGCGGCCUGUGUUUCCCCCCUACGAGCAGCACGGAAUCCGCUUUGAGACCACCACACACAUGGUGACUGUCUACAUUGACGAAGUCGACACCAAAGUCUCAUUGGAUAUCUACAACAACAUCAUCAUCACCCUGGGGAAGGACUUCCUGAAACACUCAAUUGGACAGUGCGGUGAGUGUGGAGGCAGCCCUUGUGUGCGCCCUGGUGGUCAGAUAGAGGAUGACACGUGCUGUCCACAGACCGCCUAUGACUGGAUCUCCCCCGACCCCAGCAAGCCCCAGUGUGCUUCUGCACCACGAAACCAGUCCUGUUCUCCACCAACACCAUCUAUACCACCACCCACACCGUGCCCCACUCCUGUCUGUGACCUCCUCACACAGCCUGUGUUCCAGGAGUGCAAGUGGAAGGUGGACCUGAGCUGGGUGGAGCAGAGCUGCAGGUUUGACGGGUGCCACGGCAUGCCCUGCCCAUCACUGGCACUGGCUGCAUAUAUGUGCAAGCAAGAGGGCGUCUGUGUCGAGUGGCGCCACCUCACCAACGGCACCUGCAACGUGCCCUGUCCAGAUGGGAUGGAGUACAAGGAGUGUCGUUACAAACUGGAUGACCACUGCAGUGGAAGUAUGCCUGUGUCUGGUCAUGUCCUGGAAGAGAUGAGGUCCGGCUGCUUCUGCCCAGAGUCCCAGUUACGAUCCGGGGAGCACAAUGAUGUGUGUGUGGACACCUGCACUGGUCCAACAACCCCCACUAUAACCACCUACCCCACAACACCAUCAACCACCUACACCACUACACCUAAAACCACCACUGCACCUACAACCACCUACACCACAACACCAUCAACCACCUACACCACUACACCUCCAACCACCACUGCACCUCCAACCACCUACACCACAACAACUCCAACCACCACGUGUAAGUGCAGGGACCCGCAGAGAGGACUGAUCUUGCCAUGUGGGACGACCUGGACGGAGGACUGUUUUGAUAAAACGUGUGAUAACGGGAGAAUCAUCUCGACACCGGUUACAUGUCCAUACAGUCCAGUUCUAAACUGCCCUCGUGGUCGGAUGUCCAGGGUUCGGGAGGGAUGCUGCGACACUUACAAGUGUGACUGCGUGUGCACUGUCUCUGGAGACCCCCACUAUACGACCUUCCAGAACACCUACUACGACUUCCAGGGUGACUGUACCUACACAUUGGUACAGGAGCUGUUGCCACGGCAACAGCUCAGCAUUGUGGUGGACAACUUCCUUUGCAACAGACCAUCGACUGUGACCUGUGCUAAAGGGAUCGUUAUCAAAUUCCGAAACCACACCAUCUCCCUCGCCCAGAAGACAAUUUUAAGCAAACCACAUGUCAUCCUGAACAAGAAGCUUGUGAGCCCCCCCCAUUGGGAAGACGGACUCCGCUUUGAGACCAGUGGGAACAAGGUCUCUGUCUACAUGGAAAAGAUCCGCUCCCACGUUUCCAUGGCGCCCUCUGCCAGGGUGACCAUCGCCCUGGCGAUGGAGCACUUCCACAACAAUGUGGAGGGACAGUGUGGUGAGUGUGGAGGCAGCUCUUGUGUGCGCCCUGGUGGUGUGAGAGAGGAUAACAACUGCUGUCCACAGACUGCAUUCGACUGGAUCUACCCCGACCCCAUCAAGAAUGGAUUCUGCGACGAAGCACCACGAAAUAAGUCAUGUGUCCCCACUCCAACAUCAUCACCGACUCUUUGCUCACCAAUCUUCAAAGGCUCUCUUGUCUGCGAGAUUAUUGGUGAUAGUGUGUUCGACACGUGCAGAGAGCAGGGAGUGGACCUUGAGUCCCUGAAGAAGAACUGCAGGUUUGAUUUGUGUGUAAUGGAUGUUCCGGAGCUGGCCUGUUCCAUGGUGGCGCAGGCUGCAGAGGAGUGUUUGAAAGUGGGCGUCUGUGUGGCAUGGCACCACCUGACCAACGGCAUCUGCAACGAAUCUUGCCCUGAUGGAAAGGUGUACCAGGAAUGUCGUCAAACACCGGAAGACUACUGUUCUGGAAGUCUCCGUGUACCUGGCCCUGUUCUGGACGGGGAGAUGAUGUCUGCCUGCUUCUGUCCAGAGCAUCAGUUAAAAGCUGGAAAGUAUAGUGACGUGUGUGUGGACAUCUGCACUGACUGCCAAGGCCCUUAUGGGGAACCCAAGCAGCCUGGUGACACCUGGGAGUCCGGCUGUAAGAUCUGUACCUGUGAUAACUGGACCAGAACCACUGAGUGCCAGGACCGGCCCACUCUCCCUGCCCCCCUCUGCAGUCCAGACUCCAUGCUGGUGACAGACUGCUGUGGAGUCCAGACCUGUGAGUUGCCUCACGACUGUGUUCACCGCCAGGAUGCUGGAGUCAUCUGCUCAGAUGGGCCUACUACUACUCAGAACGCAGACAUUGCCUUCCUGCUGGACGGCUCUGGGAGCGUGCAGCCAUACCAGUUCUUGACCAUGAAAUUGUUUGUGAAAAAUGUUACCAGAAUGCUCCUGAAUUCUAAAACCUUAUUCGCCUUUGCACAGUACUCCAACAGUGCCAUCAUCCAUGUGGACUUUGAUAAUUUUCAGAGAACAGGAUGGGAAUAUCAGGUGGACAGUAUCACACAGACAGCAGGAGGCACAUAUACCGCAAGAGCUAUCCACACAGUUGUGAAUGAUUUAUUUGAAUCUUCUGCUGGAGCGAGACCUGAUGCCAAACGGAUCCUAAUUGUCAUCACAGAUGGGCAAUCCCCUGAUUCUCAAAAAUAUCCCGUUGUCAUGGCGCUGGCUGAUGGGAAAAAUAUUACUAGAUACGCUAUUGGGGUUGGUGAUGCCUUUAGCACUUCAGACACACAGGAUGACCUCAGGAGCAUCGCGUCUUCUCCAGCAUCAGACCACAUGUUUCAUGUGAGCAAUUUUGAUGCACUGGAUACAAUUGGCAGCACACUGGAAGCUAACAUUGGUGGCAUAGAAGGUUUGCGUCUAGUGAACGGAGACGGGCGCUGCUCAGGCAGAGUGGAGGUGCUCCGUGAGGGAGAGUGGGGCACCGUGUGUGAUGAUGACUGGGACAUUAAGGAUGCUGAGGUCGUGUGCAAACAGCUGGGCUGUGGACCUCCUGAGGAGGCGGUCACCAACCCAAGGUACAACACCAGCGAGCCUCGUUUCGGACAGGGGUCUGGGCCAAUCUGGAUGGACGACGUAAGAUGCACUGGGACAGAGCUGACUCUGACGAGCUGCCCCUUCGGUGCGUUGUGGAGUCAUGAGGAUGCUGGAGUUAUCUGCACAGGUAACCACACCUGUGGACUGAAACUCACCUGGGUGAACCUGACGAUCGGCUCCUGCUUCGCCUCCGUGCAGCUGCCCACCUGUGAGGGACAGUGUGACUCAAGGUGGCUGGUCAAGGACGGAGUCCUCCAGCUGGUCAGGUCUCAGUGUCAGGUGGCCACCUGGAAGGAACGUCUGCUCAACCUGACGUGUGACGCACACACUUCAACGCUGACGUCAUUUCCCUACAGACACAUCACUUCCUGCCUCUGUACCGCAGGCUAACCCACCAUUAACCUGACUCCAAUAAGAACCGGGCCAGAAUAUGAAACGGCUUAUGACAGUGGUUAGCCUAGCCUACAUAAUUCACUGUAAGUAUGUUAGACUAGUCAACCCACUUCCAGUGAAUUAUGCUAAGCUAGGCUAACGGCAGUGUAUUCCUUUGAGAAGAUGUAGUUUGUGAUUCUAAUCCAACACACUUUUUGUCAAUUUAGCGAAUUGAUCCUCAUGGCUCUUUUAGCUGUUUGUAUACACUCAAAAACUCUUGAAUCGCAGAAUGUAUCUAGAGGUCAGUUGGUGACCAUUUCAACUCUCUUUAACAAAUAAUGAAUAUGUUAUCUUAGCUUGCUGUUGAUCACCUUCUAGUGGAAACAUGAUAUUCCUCUUUAUAUUCUAGACCCAUAGUAGUCAUUGGUGUGAUCAGUCAUUUAUACCUUUAUGUAGAUUCGAAUGAAUUUUUUCCCUAAGUGACAUUCAGCACAGAUGCUCCAGCUCUCGGUUGGGGUUUUUGUAUGUAAGCAGUACUCCUCCUCAGCUCAGAAAGUAAACGCUAGCGAUAUUCAUGAUGAAUGUAGUGCUGUAGUACACCUUUAAUAAACAUUGGCAUAAACACAA